AUGGAAGGCACACAACAGCAACAACCAAUUGUCUCGUUCGACGCAGGAAACGAAAUCCAACCAGGCGUCCAGGCGCUCUCUUUCGAACAGCCCUCCCACCCCAUCGAGGGCGUGUCCUCCCUGGCCAUUCAGCACCCCAAACCCGAUUAUCCACGCCCAGAGGGUGGUCAAAUCAGUGACAAUACUAGUCCCGGUCCCCACGUCACUCUAAUAACCCCAGACGGCCACGUCGGACAGAAUCCUUCCCCGUCCUCCGAACCUCCUCAGCCUCAACAACAGCAGAACCAGAAGGGGCAGAAUAGGGAGACGGAGGAGGAAUACAAGAGAUCAGCAGAAUUGGGACAUCGCAGCAGUCAAUCCUCCAUCGCAUCAUCCAUCAACAGCAACGUCAGCACCACUCCAACAGUUCCCCGAUCCCGCAUGCUAUCCGAGAUCCCUUCCGCAUACGACCUCAUGCCACCUACUCGCAAUGCUCACAGCCGAGCAUCCUCUGAUACGGCGCAUUCCUCGGGUGGGCAUUCGUCGACCCACGAGAGUGUGCAUCGGUUUGAGAGGCUGCCGGAUGGUGGGCAUAGGCAUAACUUGUCUGCACCGAAGAGACACCGGUUCUUGUCAGAGCAGGCGCACAGGUUUCGCGAUUUCUUGGAGGGCAAGCGGGAUGGGCAUGCACAUGAUAAGGAUAAGAAGCACCAUAAUCAUCACAUUGAUAAAGAGGUAAUGGAACAUCCGCUGUCGUUGAUUGGGGAGAAGAUGCGGGAGUAUCAGAGGGAGGCAGCUCAUGCUGAGGGGAAGGACUCGAGGAGUAAGAAGGAGGCGAAGAAGGAGGCGAAGGAGGAGUUUGUUCAUAAGUAUGGGGAGCUACAGCAGGUUGUUGGCAAAGGUGCAUUCGGUACGGUCAGGCUAUCGAUCAAGAAGCAUCCAGAGUCGGGUGUCGAUGAAGUCUUUGCCAUCAAGGAGUUCAAGCACCGCGAUGACGAAUCACAAAAGUCCUACAUGCGCCGGCUUACCUCCGAAUUCUGCAUCGCCUCCUCGAUAAAACACAUUAACGUCAUCCAAACCAUGGACCUCCUCCAACUCCACGGCGCCUCCUACAGCGAAGUCAUGGAAUACUGUGCUGGCGGGGACAUGCACACCCUCAUCGCCUCUGCCACCACCCUCGGCGAGGCCGAAUCAAGCUGUUUCUUUUCGCAGUUGGUUAACGGGGUUGGAUUCUUGCAUUCGAUGGGGGUCGUGCAUCGGGAUCUGAAGCCCGAGAACUUGUUACUGACGGCCGAUGGGUGUUUGAAGAUUGCGGAUUUUGGAAACAGUGAGGUGUUCCGGAUGCCGUGGGAAAAGAAGGUCAGGUCUUCGGCGUCUAUCUGUGGGAGUGGACCAUUUAUUGCGCCUGAGGAGUUUACCAAGAAGACCUUUGAUGGCCGCAAGGUGGACAUGUGGGCAUGUGGAGUAAUUUACAUGUGCAUGCGCCUUGGGCGGUACAACUGGACCGAGGCCUCAAAGGACGAUCCGAAUUGGACGGCCUUUUCCAACAAGUUGCGAUCGCUCCGCGAGAUGCGCGACAAAAACUCAAGAACAGGUACCCCAGACCCCACCACCACCACCAAUGGUCACCAGCACCACGACUCUGUCAGAAGAAGCACCGACACCUCAGUAAUCAGUCGCAGGGCCAGAGAGAGGUUUUUAAACCUCCACGCAAUCGAACUCGCAACCCACACAACCCUCGCCUGGCCAGACGCCAUCUCUGAGGUUAUUGACAAUCUCCUUCAACCAGACCCCAAGAACCGUUGGCAGGCGACACAAGUGCUGGCGAGCAAUUGGCUACAGGAUGCACAUAAUUGUCAUCCGGGAGAGGUGGUAGAGGUUCAGGAGUUGGACGAAAGCGAUGUGGAUCUGGAGGACCCUUCGCAUCCAGUAGGAUCGAAGGUUUUGCAGAGUGAUGCCGAAAAGACCGGGUUUGGGGUUAUGAAGGAGGUGAGGAAGGUGAGGACGCAGGCUAUGGUUGAGGCUGCGGUUGGGACUGCAUGCAAGGGAGUUCAGGCCUGA